AUGAAGAUCGCAGUCGAAGGUUGCAGCCAUGGCGAGCUGGACAAUAUCUAUGCGUCCAUCGCCAAAGCAGAAGAGGCAGGCGGCUUCAAGACCGACCUCUUGCUUCUUUGCGGAGACUUUCAGGGUAUCCGUAACGUUGGCGAUCUGGAAUGCAUCGCUGUGCCCCCCAAGUACAGGUCGAUGGGAUCUUUCCAUCGCUAUUACUCGGGAGAGAAGAUUGCGCCUGUCUUGACGCUGGUUGUGGGAGGGAAUCAUGAAGCUAGCAACUACAUGUGGGAGCUUGCGCACGGCGGUUGGCUGGCUCCCAACAUCUACUUCCUGGGCGAGGCAGGCGCCGUAGACGUCAAUGGCGUCAUCAUCGCUGGAGCGAGCGGCAUAUACAAGUCACACGACUACACCAGCGGACGUCACGAACAGGUACCGUACAGCCCAUCGGACAUCCGCUCAGUCUAUCACACUCGCAUUUUCGACAUCUGGAGGCUCAAGCUCCUGGCAAAUUCGAGGGAAAGCGCGAGCGCUGGCCCCUCAUCACGCCCGGACAUCGUCAUGAGCCACGAUUGGCCGAAUACGAUCGAGCAGCAUGGCGAUGUCCAUGGGCUGAUCAAGCGCAAGCCCUUCUUCAAGGAUGAGAUCAACACGUCGACGCUGGGAAGUCCGCCACUGCUAGAACUACUCAAAACACUUCGUCCUUCCUACUGGUUCUCUGCGCAUCUGCACGUCAAAUUCGCCGCUCUGUUCAAGCAUGGCGGGCAGGGCACUGAAGUGGGGCCGCAGGGUAGAGAGGGAGGCGCACAAGCUGGUCCAUCUAACGGUGGAGAAGCGAGCAACCCCGAGGCGAUCGAUAUUGACCUGGACGAUAGUGGAGAGGAGGACGUAGAUGAGGAGCCCAAGGGAGCAAAUGCAGCAGCUACGGAUCCAACUUUUCAAGGCGCGAGCGAGACCCGGUUCUUGGCCCUCAGCAAAUGCUUGCCCGGCCACAAGUUCCUCCAAUUCUUCGACAUGCCUAGUAGACAGGCGGAAGAGGUUGCUGGGGGCAGUGAGUCUGUCGGAGGCAGCAGCUCGAAGCCGCAGCUAUGCUUCGUCCCUCGCUGGCUCGCCAUCCUCCGCGCGACGAAUCAUUUCCUCUGCCUGCAGAAGAAGCAAACGCCUCUCCCAUCAGUAGAUGACGCUUUGUUGCUCAAGAGGAUCGACGAGGAAGAAGACUGGGUGAGAAGAGAGCUGAUGGCGCAGGGACGCAAUGCUACGCUGGCCGUCGAGCCAAUCCAACAUUUCGUCCGCACGGCUCCCUCGACGUCAGAUCCCCAAGGCUCUAUGCCUGGUCCUCCUCCGUGGUUCACCAAUCCGCAGACAGAAGCUCUCUGCCACUGGCUGCAGAUGGAGAACAAGAUCAAUGCGCCACCGCCAAUGCCGCCGCCGCACAUGAUGCCGCCAGGCUUCGCCUCUCAACCUGGAUUUGAUUCGCCUGGGGGGCGGCAGCCUCAACCUCUGCCAGGUCUGUCAGGCGCCGCAGUAGCUCUGCAUUCAUCAGAUGAGCGUGAUGCCAAGAGGCACAAGAUGGAGGCUCGCGGCGGCGGGGGCGGUAAUGAAGGCCCUGAGCAGGCAGAGAAUGCCGGGGGCGAUGGCGGUGAGCCACUUCGAUUGGACGAUGAGGACGAAGCGGGAGCAAGAUGGAAGGAAGGAACCGGUUGA